UCACAAAAGUAAACGGUUUUUCCUUUGCAAAGUGCCGAGCCCUGCAAACCCCGCUGGAGUGCUGAGCCCAAGCUCAUUCUACUUUUCUUCCAGCAGAGCCAGCCGAACCUUUGUCUUCCGCCUUUUGAAGAUGAAAGCUGGACCCCAGGGGGCUUUACGAACCUCAGGUUUUACUGCAGCAGGACCGCAGUUUUUGUGAGGGUUGGGGUACGGAGUUGAGCUUUCGAAAAAGAUUGCAAUUAGACUUCUUUUGUUGUUCACUCUCUCCCAGGAGUAACCCGAGCCUGGGGAGCCAACAGAAACCCCACUAACUCCUCCUGAAGUUCCCGUGACUCCUCCUACCUCCCUAGACCCAGUUGCAAUGCCCAGCCUUGCGCAGAUAGUCUAGCAAAUUAACCCCUCGGGAAGCCAGCCCCCUGCUGAGUUGGUGGCGGGCUGGGAGCAUCCCUCUUUCUCUGCCUGGAGUGCCCGGACUACCUACUCCGGCUCCUCAGAAGGAGCAUCUGGAUAGCUCACUAGACCGCUACUGGGCUGGCCUAUAGCAGCCCAGACUAGUCGGAGAAUUUCCUCGGCCUGCAGCAUUAGCUCGGUCUGAGAGGAGCAGACGGCCACGAUGGGGGGAGACAUGUGGGUAGUGCCAGUCGGGCAGAAGCUACUCUACUGGGGCGCCACGGGAGCGGUUACCUUGGUGGGCACUAUCCUUGCGUUGACUAUGUUGCAGAUGCUGGUGGCUUAUGUCCGGAAAUGGCAGCAGAUGAAAGCCAUCCCCACAGUUGCCACCCCGUACCCACUGCUGGGACAUAGUCUGCUGAUGAAAUCUGACAGCCAAGAAUUUUUUGAACAGGUCAAUUACUAUUCUGAAGAAUACCGACAUGAACCUCUGCUAAAAUUGUGGUUAGGACCAGUGCCAAUGGUGGCAUUGUAUCAUGCUGAUAAUGUGGAGGUGCUUUUAUCAAGUUCAAAGCAAAUAGACAAAUCCUACAUGUAUAAAUUCCUGGAACCCUGGCUUGGCCUUGGACUCCUUACAAGUACUGGAAACAAAUGGCGUUCCAGGAGAAAAAUGCUAACACCAACCUUUCAUUUCAUGAUUUUGGAAGAAUUCUUAGAUAUUAUGAAUGAACAAGCUAAUGUAUUAAUCAGUAAGCUUGAAAAACAUGUUGACCAAGAAGCCUUUAACUGUUUUCUUGACAUCACUCUUUGUGCCUUAGACAUCAUCUGUGAAACUGCUAUGGGUAAAAAUAUUGGUGCCCAGGCCAAUGGUGAUUCUGAGUAUGUCCGCUCAGUUUUUAGGAUGACUGAUAUAAUACUUCGCAGAAUAAAGAUGCCUUGGCUUUGGCUUGACGUAUGGUAUCUUUUGUUUAAAGAAGGAUGGGAACACAGAAGAAGUUUAAAGAUCCUUCAUGAUUUCACUGACAAAGUUAUUGAAGAACGAGCCAGAGAAAAGAAGGAAAAUGAGGCACAGAAGAAUGGUGAUGUGAAAGCAAAAAACAUCAAGAGGCAGGCUUUUCUAGACUUGCUUUUAAAUGCAACUGAUGAAGAUGGGAGCACACUAAGUCACCAGGACAUUCGAGAAGAAGUUGACACUUUCAUGUUUGAAGGUCAUGACACAACAGCAACAGCUAUGAACUGGAUUAUCUACUUGCUAGGUUCCUACCCAGAAGCCCAGCGCAAAGUACACAAUGAACUGGAUGAAGUCUUUGGAAAAUCCGACCGCCCUGCUACAAUGGAUGAUCUGAAAAAACUUAAGUAUUUGGAUUGUGUCAUCAAGGAAAGUCUUCGUCUCUUUCCUUCUGUUCCUUUUUUUGCUCGUACUCUCAGUUCAGAUUGUAUUAUGGCUGGUUACAAGGUUCCAAAAGGGACCGAAGCACUUGUCUUACCCUAUGCCCUGCACCGAGAUCCAAAGCACUUUCCAGACCCUGAAGACUUCCAGCCUGAGCGAUUCUUCCCUGAAAAUUCUCAUGGACGUCAUCCUUAUGCUUAUGUUCCAUUCUCUGCUGGACCCAGAAACUGUAUUGGUCAGAAGUUUGCAAUAAUGGAAGAAAAGACUCUAAUUUCCUCUGUGCUGAGACGUUUUCAGGUUGAAUCCAUUCAAAAACGGGAAGAACUUGGCCUGAUGGGAGAAAUGAUUCUUAGGCCAAAGAAUGGCAUCUGGAUUAAGCUGAAGACAAGAACAUAGGAGGGUACUUCAAAUUUGAUCAGUUGCAUCAGCAAUUCUUAUGUGAAAGAUAUGUGGGAGGGGGAGGGAGAGAGGGAGGAAAGGAGGAAAGGAGAGAAGAAGGAAGGGAGAGAGAGAGAGAAAGGAAGGAGGGAGGUAUGGGAGAAAAGAGGCAAUGGAGGGAGGGAGAGAGAGGGAAAGGGAGAGAGAAGUGGACCAUCUAGUAGAAGACUCAUUUUAAAUGCAUGAUCUGUCUAUUUUUAGUGGCUUUAGAAUUAGAGCUAUGAUAACAGAGUUUGUGUAUAUCAACUAUGAAUACAAAAGUUGGUAGUAAUCAAGUUCUUGAAAUGCUACCCCAGGUGGUCACUGAUAUUAAUCACAGGGUGAGCAGAUAACAAAUUUUCCAAUUUAAAGGAUACAGAUUUGUUGUUAUCUUUUUGUAGAUCCAAAUAAAUCAAGGAAAUCAAUGUAUUUUUUAAAAAAGAAAUGCUGACAUUUAACUUUUAUUUUUCAUAAAAUCAUAAAUACUUUAAAAACCCUAUUUUCUUUGACUCAGUUAUACUUUUACUGAUAAGAUUCAUCCAGAAGAAUAGUUACAAUUCCUUUGAGAUAAAAGAUCUAUUUUGUUUUGAUAUUUUUUGGGGAAAAGACCUAAUAUUUUGCAUUUUUUUGAUCUAAGAGAUUUAAAAAUAAUUUUAUGAAUUAUAAUUUUGCUUGCAGUAAAAGUUAUUUCAAAGCACUUUAUAUUUUCAAAGAACUUAAUAGUUUUUAUUUGUUAUUCAUAAUUUACAUAAAGAAAAAAGAAAUUUUAGAACUAAGGGGAAAUCUUAGAGGACUUCAGCAAUUUUCACACCCUUUCUUCCCCAACUAUCUCUCCCCGAGAAAGCCAUCACCUGAAAGGAAGCAGAAAUAUCUCUGAAGAGCCAAAAACAAAUGUGUCAGAAUGGAUACUAUGAAUCCCAUGUCAUUUAAAAAAAAACUUUAUUGAUUUUUUUACUCAGCAAAUAAUUCUAAUAAAGUUGUUUUUCUCAUUGUUUAAUGCACAGAAAAUAAUAACAUACGUGAUGUGGGAGGGGGAGGAUCAAAGUCUUACAUUGAUAGCAUAAGACAGUAAAACUUGGAAGUGGACAGAAAUAUGCAAGAAUGUCUUUCACUUAGAAGGGAAAUGCUUCAACCUUUGCUGCUUGAAUGUGGUAGAAUUCAAUUAUUCAAUGUGUGUACAUAAAAUGUAAGUGGUGUGGUUUUUGUUUCUCAGUAUAAUAUGGCCAUGGUUAUCAUAUGCUUAUUGAGUUGUCUAAUAAUCAUGUAUGGAAUCUGAAAUAUUGAAAUGAGAGCACUAACUUUUGGAAAUAAAGUUUUUUUUUUUCCAA